ACUAUUAUUUUGGAUAGGUAGACAUUUUCUUUUAGGUUGCACAAAAGUAUUAUUGUGAGAAAUCAAUGAUACAAUUAUAGCUAAGAAAUUCAAAUAUAGUUUUUUAGGUUUUUGUUGUCAAUUGUAAAGAAACUUGACUACACAUUAUUUUGGGAAUAGAGCUAGUGUAUUCAUUAUGCAUGAUAAUUUUUAACACAGUACGUACCAAAAGUAUAUUGUUCAUGCAUAUCUUCUUGACAAUGUGACAUUUUUUUACACUUGGCCAUUUUUACUCAUUCAUGCGGGUUAUGGAUAGCCACCAUAUUGUACUACAUGCAUCAAGAACAUUUUACCAUAAACCAAUACAUGAACAUCCAAGUUGCUAAAUAAAGUAAUAUCUAGCUCCCAUGCUUUUGCUACACGGCAGAAAAUCACAUGUAAUAUGGAGCUUUGUGAGGGUGCAAAAAAUAAAAUCUCCACCAAUCACGUCAAAUUAACCAAAAACUGGAUAUGCCCGGAAAUAUUACUCCACUUCCACACAUAUCGUGUACACAGGUAGAUGCAUCCCCACAAUAUCUAUAUAUACACCAACACAUGUGUACACACCCCACAACAACCACCUUCAUCUUGGUCCAGCCCUAGCUAGAACAGCUAAGAAACACACAACUCCAAGAACACACGCCAAGAAACCAAAGAAAAGCAAGCAGCCAUGGGGGUGGAAAUCCUGAGCUCCACGGUGGAGCACUACUCCCAGUACUCUUCCAGCGCGUCCACGGCCACGACGGAGUCAGGCGCCGCCGGAAGAUCGCCGAUGGCUCUGAGCCUGCCAGUCGCCAUCGCCGACGAGUCCGUGACCUCGCGGUCGACAUCGGCGCAGUUGGCGUUGUCGCGGUUCAAGGGCGUGGUGCCGCAGCCCAACGGGCGGUGGGGCUCCCAGAUCUACGAGCGCCACGCUCGCGUCUGGCUCGGCACGUUCGCGGACCAGGACUUGGCGGCGCGCGCCUACGAUGUAGCCGCGCUCAGGUACCGCGGCCGCGAUGCCGCCACCAACUUCCCGUGCGCGGCCGCGGAGCCGGAGCUCGCCUUCCUGGCAGCGCACUCAAAGGCCGAGAUCGUCGACAUGCUCCGGAAGCACACCUACGCCGACGAGCUCCGCCAGGGUCUGCGACGCGGCCGCGGCAUGGGGACGCGCGCGCAGCCGACGCCAUCGUGGGCGCGGGAGCCCCUCUUCGAGAAGGCCGUGACCCCAAGCGAUGUCGGCAAGCUCAAUCGCCUCGUGGUGCCGAAGCAACACGCCGAGAAGCACUUCCCUCUGAAGCGCACCCCGGAGACGACGACCACCACCGGCAACGGCGUGCUGCUCAACUUUGAGGACGGUGAGGGGAAGGUGUGGAGGUUCCGGUACUCGUAUUGGAACAGCAGCCAGAGCUACGUGCUCACAAAGGGCUGGAGUCGCUUCGUCCGGGAGAAGGGCCUCGCUGCCGGCGACUCCAUCGUGUUCUCGUGCUCGGCGUACGGCCAGGAGAAGCAGUUCUUCAUCAACUGCAAGAAGAACACGACCGUGAACGGUGGCAAAUCGGCGUCGCCGCUGCCGGUAGUGGAGACUGCCAAAGGAGAACAAGUCCGCGUCGUUAGGCUGUUCGGUGUUGACAUCGCCGGAGUAAAGAGGGGGCGAGCGGCGACGGCGGAGCAUGGCCCGCCGGAGUUGUUCAAGAGGCAAUGCGUGGCACACGGUCAGCACUCUCCUGCCCUAGGUGCCUUCGUCUUAUAGCAUCUGCACAUACAGCUCUAUAUAUUUAUACUUUUCCUCCCUUUUCUUAUUGUUGUUAAAUGACAUAUACUCCUAUAUGUUGAUCCUGUUCGUGGAUUAGAUAAAAUUCUCUGGAGAACUCAAUUUCAAGUCGGAUUGCAAAUUGAGUUGUAGUAAUAUGUAAUUAUGUGUGUGUGCAUAACUAGGAAUUCUAGCUAGAGAGGUCAUAGUAACCCGACGAUGUUUGUUGCACAUCUAUGUAUGUACUAUCAUUUUGGCACAUUAAAAAGUUCCAUUCUGCCUUCUCAUCAAGAGAUGUGUUUGUGUAUGUUUCAAUGAAAAUUUGUUCACUGCUUAAUAUAUUGGCAAUAUUGAUUUUGCUACACCAAUUGAUAUCCGCUCAGCCACUAUAUGAGCAAGCAGUUAAAAAUGUUUACUAAACCAGUAUUUUGCAACAUGCAUGCAGGAAAAAAAAUUGGGCGCUGAAUUGCUUGCUGGCCCUGGAUUGUUACAAUCGAUUUCAUUAAUUCAGUCGUAUGCAUAGAUUAGUCAUUGUCAUAUUCAAUUGCACCCAUUUUUGGCAUUUAUUGCUUUAUGCUGCUUGAGUUUAUCAUAAAUUCGAGAAGUCAUCUUGUUGUUGGGGAACGUAGUAAUUUCAAAAAAAUUCUACGCACACACAAGAUCAUGGUGAUGCAUAGCAACGAGAGGGGAGAGUA